CAACCAACCCCGUCCUCCCUUAAACAAGUGGUCGUGUCAAACAAGUGGUGGAGACACAAAACAGCUACAAACAGAGAAUCCAAGAAAGAGAGGCGAAUCAUCAAAUGCUGAUGGAAUCCAUACAGAGAUUUAAGCAUUCUGCACAGGAAGCAGUGGAAAACACUGAGAAGAUGUUUCAUGAGCUUAUUCGGUCCAUUGAGGAGAAAUGCUCAGAGGUGAUAGAGCAGAUCCGGGCUCAGGAGAAAACUGGAGUAGGUCAUGCUGAGGAACACCUAAAGCAAGUGAAGCAGGAGAUUGAUAAUCUUAAGAGAAAAGAUCAUGACUUAAAGCAACUCACACUUAUACAAGAUGACAUCCUUUAUCUCCAGGUGUUCCAGUCUUUACAUGGUUCCAGCCUACCUGAUUGCCUUCCCCUGGCCAACAUUAAUACAACAUACUCAUGUGAGGAUGUAAAUAUGUUUGUCUGUAAACUUAAAGAAGAAAUUGAUAAUACCGUAAUUUGUCCUUAUUCAACUUCUCCGUGCUCUAUCGUUGCCCAAAAACCUGAGCAGAUUUGUACACCCAACGACAAUUCUGUAUCCGAUUCAAGACAGGACAUUAUCAAUAAUCCAUUUGGGAAUUCCUCUAAGCCUGCCACUGAAUGCCAGCCCACAUUUAAUUUUGGGUUUCAAUCAAAACCUGAGCCUUAUUUUCAGCCUGCUCCUGAAUUCCAAACCACCUUUAAUUUUAAAGGUUUUUCCAAUACUCCUACUAAAUUCCAAUUUAACUUUGACUCCAAAUCAAAGGCUGGCACUCAAGCACAGAUUGACCCUGGGCACAUUUUAAAGCCUGCUACAUUUGGCUUUGGGACACCUUCCAAACCUGCUACUGAAUCACAAUCCAUUUUUGGGAUGUCUUCCAAGCCUGAUACUAAGCCCAAAUUCAGCUUUGGAACGCCCUUUAAGACAACCACUGAAUCACCAUCUUUCUUAGGGAUGUCUUCCAAGCCUGCUACUGAGUCCCAAUUCAGUUUUGGAACGCCCUUCAAUACCAAUACUGAAUCUCCACCUGUCUUUGGGAUGUCUUCCAAGCCUGCUACUGAGUUCCAAUUUAGCUUUGAAAUGCCGUUCAAGACCAAUACUGAAUCUCCACCAGUCUUUGGGAUGUCUUCAAAGCCUGAUACUGAGCCCAAAUUCAGUUUUGGAACACCCUUCAAGACCAUUACUGAAUCUCCACCUGCCUUUGGGAUGUCUUCAAAGCCUGAUACUGAGCCCAAAUAAUAAAUAAUAACUGACUAAAUUAAUAAACCACAUAAUAAAAGUAAUAUAACUAGAGAUAUACGAAAACGAGACCAGUGCCAGCAUGGACAUUGCAAGUGGGCAUGUUUCAAUAGAUUUGUUUAAUUCUACUGUAAAGCAUUUCUCCCAAAGUAAAGAAACAAUUCAUAUUUAUUUGUAAACACAACACUAAUGUUUUAACUUUCUUUGUACUUUUGUCAGUUUA